UUUUCGUUGGUACCGCACGAGUUUCUCUAUUGUCGGUGACACACGCGCGGUGGUACCACGAAGCGUAAACGAAAUAUAUUUUUAGCGCGAAAUUUAUAAUUUUUUUCCACGGAGGGCCACAUCGAUCAGGUGAAAACUAGAGACAGUGCAACAAAAAUCCAUUUUUUUUUUCGCUAUUAUUAACUUUAUUUUUAUAAAAAACUUUCUAUGUGGCUUAUAAGUAAGUGUCGUGUUGAGGAAUAUGGGGAGAUAAACGCCGUUCGAAGGUGGAUUCGAUUUUCACGAGACCUACCAUUACAGAUGCAUCUCCUUCCGAAUAGACCCACUAUGCAUUAGACUACAACCAUGGUGAUGUGUAACGCGAUGGAAUCGAUAGUGAUCCCAAGACCACCUGCGUUACCGCUGGGUCCUUUGGCAUCCAUGCCCAACAAGAGGAGCUCUCCGCCCUUUCCCACUACAAACGCCGACCUUACGCAGAACAACGAAUCGAACACGGCUUUAUACGAGGAACGGAAGUUCACCCAAAAGUUGGUGGAAAACAGCAAACUCAUCUUCAGGAACGAAAGCGUGAGAAGCAAGAUCAGCACCAGGAGCGCUACCUCUCAACAUUCAAACGGAUUCAGGCUUCGCGAUACCAACAACAACGGGUUAAAUAAUGGUUUGAACGAUAAAGAAGACACUGGUUCUAUUUACAGCGUCUAUAAGCAAAAAAUAGAUAGCAUGUUCGAAUCGGACUCUAGCGUCAGUCACGGCUCCAACCACAACAGCGUUCAGGCGAAAAUCGAGAAGAUGUUCAGCGACGUGGCCAAAGAGAGCGGCAUCCCUCCCAAUCAAAUAGGGUUGCACAGUUUCUCAGUAGACUAUCUUGGAAGUACAUCGCUCCAAGACAAAGUGACCAGCCUCGACGGUCUGCAGAAUCCCCUGAGGGAACUGUAUUUCUCUUACAAAAAGCACACCAAACCUAAACAGAAACUGUCCGGUAGAUUGGAGAUAUCCUCCCAAGGUUUGAGGGUGCAGUAUCAAGGAGUGAACGGUGACUUGGAGCAGAUGAAUUCGUUUCCUACUAUAGCGGUCUGGUCCGCGGUAAAGUUCGUUAUCCAGGAGAGCAGCUCCGGAUUGUGUUACGCAUUUCUGCCGCUGAUCACCGAUCCCGAUAAUAUGGACAAGCAGAUGUUGUUCAGGAACUUGGAGGGCGCGGAGAAGAAGUACGUCCAUGUCGAAGACCACUCGCCUUUGUUCGCGGUCGUGAUGAGGAAGAUCGGAGUGCAGAAACAACUGGAAUGUCACGGAUUUGUCUGCCAAACAUCAGAAGAUGCGAUCGUAAUAGCGGCCACUUUGUACAAAUCGCUGGUAAGUCACAUGAAGAACAAAGAGGUCAAGCCAAAGAAUAGAAAUGGCGUGACGACUUGCAUGUCCACCGCUAGCAGUAUCGUGGAAAAAUCUAACGGAUCGGUUCCCGUCAGACCACCGAGGAAAAAGAGAAGCUCCGCUUCUUCCAUCGCUAGCGACACCAAUUCCAUCACCAACGUUUCAGAUACCCCACUCCCGUCGAGUUUGAACGAAAAGUCGCCGAAAAAAAGCAUCAAAACGAAGCGUGCGCCGGAUGCGCCGAAACACGAGGACCUGGAUGCCAUUUUGCCAUACGAGGAGCCCAUAACGAUUAGUAAAAACGGUUUAAGCAACGAUGGCACGCAGGAGGGGUCUGCGGAAGUCAAGCCCAAGACAUUUAGCGAUAAAGUCAGCACUUAUAUGAGCGAAGAACAGAAAAUGCUGGCCGCAGAGAUGAAGCAAGUGGUGUGCGAUCCGGAUAAAGGCUUGAAGAGGGCUCAAAGCUUGCGCAAAAGGGACGAAGACCAGGCGAGGAAAAAGGAAAACUCGGGGGACAUAUUGACCAAGGUCACCAUACCCAGAUCCGGUAGCUUCUUGAACACCGGCGGAUUGACCAGGUACAAGAACAAAGCGUCCAGGAAUAACGACUCUGCCGGCGGAGGCUCUCCCCUCGGAUUCCAGGAAAUUUUCCACGAACUGUCGCUGCAAGAAGGACUUCACUCGAUGGACGAGAUUUUGUCGGUCAUAAUCGAUCCGGACGGCAUGUCCUUCAACGACCUGAAGCCCAUCUACAAGGAAUUUUUGCUCAAGCUGGCCGUCACUUUUACGAAAGACGAGCUGUAUCAGAAAAGCAAGAGUAUCAUGAGACGGCAGAAAAAGAGACUCGUAAAAAGAUCGCCCAGUAUUAAAAGAAAUCAGCACAAACUGGUGGCCAACAAAUUCAAAAAACUGAAGCACAUCUUCCAGAAGAAUCCCAAAACGGCGUCGAAAAAUAAUCCCGACGAGAGCAGGAAAAACAGCGGCUGCUCGAUCGAAACGCACAUCAAUCAGAAACUGGCGGAGAGCAGUAUAAGCACCUCGUCUUACGACACUAGACAGUUCCGGCCCAAGGAGGAGUUUUUCGAGAAGAGGCCCAAUUUUAAGAAGAAAGGGGAGCUGCGUAGGACCAGGAGGAGAGAUCGGACGAGCACCAGCGAGGAAUCGGACUUUCUGUCGCUCAGACGGCAACAAAAAUUGAAAAACCGCAACACGAAUUUGCCGGUUUCGAAUCAAAACCGGAACUCUUCGUCGGGGUACGUGUCUUGGUCGGAAUGCAGCUGCGAUUCAGAUAGCUGCGAGUGCGACUCCGCCGAGAAGUGUUACUGCAGCUUGGGGCAACGAAACUUCGAAGGCAGGAGACGAGCGAAGUGCAUGUGCAACGAAGACAUAGAAUUCUGCGGGUGCGACACUGAUUCGUGUUCUGAAUCUAACAAGUGCUACUGCCAGUACGUCGCUAAACGUCGCCAACGUCGCGGCUCGGGAUUCGACGUUUCUCCCCUCUCCCACCAAAAGCUAUGCAAGAAGUCCUCCAACACGAAGAGCUCGAGGAGUCUGGAGUACAUGUCGAACCCCAGCGAGAGUUACUACGAGAAACUGAGGAGCAAAAGCAAAUACGGCAGCGAGCGUACGCACUCUUAUUACCGCAACAAUAGCCUGAAGAAGAAGCGCAGGAAUAGCCACUUGGGGGUGAGCACCGUCCAGGAGGAGUUUGACGUGGGCGGGGAAAAAUUGUCAGCGAUGGACCACGAGCUAAUAAAGCUGAUGAAGCGGGGUAAUUUUGAGGACACGCGCGUGCUUCAGGAGGCGUUCGACGGAGCAAGAUUCGGCGACAGCUUCGGAGAUUACUGGGCAGCGACCAGGGGAUACGCGGCGCCCAUCAAAAGCAACGUUACCACUGGUGGUAGAAACAUUCAGUCGGCGAUAGCGACGGGAGGGUACGGAGAGGCGCUGUCUGUUAAAAAGUCGGCCGAAAUGGCGGCUCUAUUUGCCGACAUUAAACUGAGUCAAACGACCGACAUUACCCAUCUGUAUCCCGAAGGAUUCGAGCUCGACGAAUCUGUUUCGUCGAGAAAUGGCUACGGUACCGAAUUUAUGCAACCCAAGUACAGUAAACCAUUUAAGGCCGCACCCCCAAACCAAGACGCCAAAUCCAUCACGCAUUAUAAACCUUUGCAAGGAAUUCGUCCGAUGGGCGCCAAAAACAAGAGUCAUCUCUAUUCGACGAGAAACGGACUCUACACGAUCCAGAGUCAGUCGGACGACAGCCGUAGAUCCAGCGUGAGCGAGGGAAAGAAGCUGGCCAUCGAAAACGGAAACCUAGAAAAUGACAGCAGCAACAAGGAACAUUUCCAGGACGACAGUUACUCCAACGUUUGCAAGAAAGUCAGCAGUAACAUCGAGAACUCGUUAGGCUACUUGCCAUGAUGCAGAAGAUAAAGUCUUUCAUUCAGUUAUUCAUUUUUGCUUGACUCUCGAGACGGGUAACCCAAGAAUUUCUGCGUAUUAAAAAGAAAACCCCAAUCCGCGCGAUUUUCCAAAGUUUUGCUGGUAUUUUUAAACCUCUUUUUUCUUUUUACAGAAACUUCACAUCAACUUCACCGAGUUUUUUUUUGCUUAACUUAAACAGUUUAAAGUUGAACUCUGAAGAAGUCCACAAAUGAUUGGCGAAAUGUCAGUCAGCAGUCUUUUCCACAGUGUUGUGAAAACCCACCACAGCUCAGUCUUGAAGAAUUUUCUUUAACAUUAAACGACGUUUGUCACACAUGGACUGACCAAAACUAACCAUGCUGUAUUUCAUGCUAAAAAGUAAUUAAACGAAAACGUCUUCAAGGCGGAGCUGGUUUUCUCAAUUGCGCACAACUUUAUGCACAAAUGUUGCCAAAAAAGUUCUUUAAAGCCUUUUAGAAAAAAAUAGAAGAUACAAAAAUUUAAGAAGUCUCUCAAUCACCUCUUCAAUUUAUGGUGCUAUAAUGCGAUUGAUCAUUUGUCGUUAUCUUUCUGCACAGCGGAAUACGAAGUCUUUUGCGUCUUAGAACCUCCCUAAAUACCCGAAACUCAUCUCAUAAGUCCGCAGCUAUCUAUGUAGAGACUUUCACACUAUUGUCUCCAGACUUUAGGUACUUCAUUAAGAUCAGCCUGUAGUUUGCAAUUCUAAUCUCCUAUUGAAGAUGAUAUUGGUUUCAAAAUACGUAGGUUUUGCAGCGCAGUUUUCAGAUGUUGAGUUUCCUUUCCCUUAAGUUUUAAAGUGUGAUUGAUUCUUUAAUAUAUUUAGGAGUUGGCAAUGCUCAAUAGGCUCAGCAUCGCCAUCUUGUAGUAAUCAGAAUGUACUCUAGCCGCCAGUAGUGUUCAAAAAGUGGCAAAGUAAGAGGAACUUUGUUUUUUAUGCUGGUGGGGUAUUUAGCUGAAUUAACUCAAAUCUGAAAAAACUAACACUGCUAGUUCAGAAAAGUGAGUGUCAUAGGCAUAAGGAUGAUGAACGCAAAACUUAACGAAGAUGGAUGAAAAAGUCGCGGUGGAUGAUACCAUCCAUAAUUUUGGUUUACCCAUUUCGAAUCACAUUUAAGUUCAUUACUCCUACGUUUUAAAUAUUAAGCUGACGCUCAAUUUGUUUUAUAUUCAAAGUCGCGUUGAAGUCCUUCGAAUGGACUAAAAUUUGUCCUAUUUUUUACUUCCUAUAGCGUAGAUGGUAGUUAAUUUGCUAGACGUAAUGCGAUUUAAUACUCGAAAAUGUGUGUAUAUUAAACCAAAAUGCCAUAUCUAAUUGUAAGUGCAAUAUUUUUUAUGGGGUCAAGUGCAAUUAAGUUAUAUUGGGGCAGGUGGCAAUGGGGUGGUGCAAUAUGGGGUUUUAGUAUAUUUUACACAGCGUCGGUUCGUGAUCGCAUGUGCAAUACAUUUGUUACGUUUACGUUAGACAUUAAUUAUAUUUUUGAUUUGG